UUCUUUCUUUCUUUUCCUCCAGGGGACGAAAGAGGAGGCAGCGCCACGCCGAGGGCUCCGUCUCCCGUCUCCGCCCCUCUCCCGAGUUUGUUUGGGUCUUCUGCCGCUGCGUCCUGGUGUGGAGGAAGAUGGAAGGCUACAAACUCUUCCUGGCCUUCCUCGCGUCCGCGUUGCUGCUCGGCGUCCUCUCCGUCGUCUUCGCCCUGGUCUGGGUCCUUCACUACCGCGAGGGGCUCGCCUGGGACGGGGACUCGGCCGAGUUUAAUUGGCACCCGGUCCUCAUCAUCACGGGCUUCGUGUUCAUCCAAGGGAUCGGAAUUAUUGUAUACAGGUUACCAUGGACCUGGAAAUGCAGCAAAUUUUUGAUGAAAUUAAUCCAUGCGGGGUUACAUACCGUUGCUCUGACACUUGCUAUUAUUUCCCUGGUGGCUGUUUUUGAUUACCAUAAUGCUAAGAUGAUUCCUAACAUGUACAGUCUACACAGCUGGAUUGGAUUGACUGCUGUAAUUCUUUAUGCUCUACAGCUUGUUUUAGGCUUUGUGGUCUUCCUACUUCCCUUUGCCCCGACUUCUCUUCGGACAGCUGUUAUGCCAAUACACACAUAUUCAGGUCUUUUCAUCUUUGGAACAGUGAUUGCCACAGCCCUAAUGGGAAUUACAGAAAAACUUAUUUUUAGUCUGAGAACACCUUCCUAUAGCAAUUCCCCAGAAGAAGCUAUUUUUGUCAAUGUUCUGGGUGUCCUGAUUGUCGCCUAUGGGGCUGUAAUUUUGUGGAUGGCUACAAGGCCUCAUUGGAAGCGCCCACUCGAACACAUGUUCCAAACCCAUCAAAGAAUUGGAGAAGGAUUCGGUGAUGAUGACUGUCAUAGUUCAGAUUUGGAGUUCAACAGUGAAGGAGCCGCUAGGAAAAGAACCCCCAAAUCUGAUGAAGCUGAACAGAGAUCAACUAGUUAAGAAAGUAUAUAACAAAAUUUGCAAUGAAGAAAACUCACUCUCCCUAUUCUCUCCCAGCUCUUUGACACACUAUACUUCGCUUUAUUAAUAUUGUUAGAAUUUUCUGAAUAAAUGAGAAGAGUUAGUAAAGAGUUUAAUUUUAGAAGUAUCUAUGGUCAUAUGGUGCCACUAUGGUAACUUGCACUGUAUUUCUUGAUAAUUUUGGGGGGGGAAACACCUGAAAUUAUCACCAAGUCCACAUGAAAUGCUUUUUUAUUGAUAUUGACUGAUGGAAGAAGUACAAGAUGAACAGUUAGAUUUCAAAUAUUGGAAGAAAGGGAGGAAGACUCCAUUGAAUAAAAUGGCUAAAACCCUUGAUAUUUCUUUAAUGUUGUUCAAACUUGCUUCCAUAACACUAUGGGACUUCUGGCCAUCUUGGAAAGCUGAAUGAUUGAUUCCACAAUUCAUUUUUCUUCAUUUUCUCUUGACUUCUGAUGUUGCCUUCCUUUGGCACCGGAGAAGAACUGUGUGUUUUGCAGUUCAGUAUUAUGCUUCUGGUGGCCAGAAAGAGAAGGAAGGAAGAGGCAAAGCAGGUGGUUGUGUGGAUGAUAAUUUGAUUACCCUGUCUAGCUUCUUUUUUCACAUAGGUGCCAGCUUCUCAUAGAACACAUCAUCUGAUAGCACAGCAAUCUCAGAUGUUAUUGCUAUGAGGCAAUCAGUAUUGUUUUUGCACAACCACAUUUAAAUGAAUAUUAGCUUUAUAUAGUAACUAUAUUGGAGAUUCUAGACUUUUUCACUCCACCCUCAGUUUCUUCCAUCUCUUCUCCAUGAUUCUCCUUUUAGAGUGUCAGGUGACAUCAUUAAUCCUAAACCAGCCCUCCCUGUGACACUGCCAGCUAUAUGCCAAAUCUGUAGUGCUUCCAUUUUUCCAAGGACAUUUAACACAGGCUUAUUUAGAGGAUUCAUGGCAUUUUAUUUUUGCACUAAAUAACUUUAUUUAGAAAUUAUUGAAGCUAAAAAUGCCAUCUACGUUUACUUUUUAGCUUAACAAUAAAAACUACAUAGCUAGACCAGGGGUCAAACUCAAGGCCUGCGGGAUGGAUCUGGACCACUGGAUGCUUAGAUCUGGCCCAUGGGGCCACCCUGGAAAUAGGGAAGGACCAGCCUGUGGUGCUUCUGCCAGCUCUGUUUUCGCUGGCAGAGUGUUGCAGAAGGCCAUCACAGCCAAAAAUGGAGCCCGCAAGGGCUUUUUUUGCUGGCAAAGUGCUCGGGCCAGUACAGGCGCCCCCGACGUUGAGUUGGCCAUGUCUAUCCCGGUCCCCUGAGGUCAAGUACAACCCUCAUUCGGCCCUCAGUUAAAUUGAAUUUGACACCCCUGAGCUAGACCGUUGGAGGAACCCUUUAGCUAUUGUUAUAGAAGAUGUUACACAGAAUAAAAGAUAAAACUUAAUCUUAUUCUAGGCAAUAUUGAGAAAAUGUAUUCAGCACAUCCUUGAUUACAUUUUGAAAAAACUCUAAAUGUAUAUCUGGACAGUAUGGCAUGAAGUAUGUAAUUGGACUUCAGGGAAGCUAAUCCGAUUUUUGAGCUACCAUUGCAGCUCAUUUGGAGCAAAGAUCAAAACUACAGCAGCAAACAGAGCCUUUUUAAAAAGUAUUCUUUUCUCAAUACUUUUAACUUGACUUCCAAAAUUGCUUCGAAUUUGUAAUGUAAAUUAAAACAUUCAUUCUAGUGGCAUCUCAGAAAAUUAUUACUUCGUUUCUGAAAGAAAACGGGAAGAUAUUUCAUGUCAGUGUCCUUAUCCUGACAAGUCUGCUAUUGUGGACAGGGAAAGAAAGUGAGAAGUUAAAUCUGUCAACUUUCUGUGCCAGACAUUGUCUUUUCUAUCCUGAUUUGCUGCUGGUUGCAGUGUUAUUGUAAGCCAUUGUAAGAGCGAUUUUAGGAAACUUCCUCGCUUGCUUUACAGACAAGUUGGGAUUGCAACUUCCAAAAUGAAAGAUAAUGAGUUGAUAUCUCAAUAUUAAGUGAGAACUGCUGUACUGUAGAUGAUAAGGGCCACCCCAAACUUCUUCAUAGCCAUUUUCAAGAAUAACAGCUUUAAAGAAACCAAGGUUCUCAGCAUAUUAACCUGAAUGCUCAGUAGGGUAACGGUAGGUGUAAAACUUGGCAAACUCCAAUCUCUAGAGAAGACAGUGGAAAAGACGAAUGUACAUUAUGAUAGCCUUUAUAUUUUGAAUUUUUAAACAGCAGAAUUAUUGACACCAAAGAUUGUUUUAUGGAGUGUUUGUUUUUCGACCUUGGUAACUUCUAUGAUGUAUGGACUUCAUCUCAAAUUCCCCAGCCAGCAUGCCACACAUAUUAAAAUUGCCAAGGCUGAAAAACACCAGUCUUCUCUAUCAGUGGCUGUAUGUGAUCCACAUUUCUAAAAGAAUGCAUGCUGUAUUAUAUAUUAGAAUAAACAGUAUAUAAUUUUAAUAAAAAUCGAACUUGGAUAUUGCCAAUAUUACCGUAGAAAUAUUUGGAAAUCCAUUUGAAUAUGUGGGAUAAGUAGUACUUUUGUAAAGUAAAAAUUUUGUAACUAUUUGUAUAUUACAAUAAAAACUAUUGAAGAAUC